UGAUGCGCUCGAUGCGCGCACAAUGGCGGCUCGGUAGUAACGAUGUCGCUUGACGCCUCACGCGGCUAUGCUCCUGGCGCUCAAGAUGACACCCAACUGCCCAUCUUCGAUGUCCAAAAGGUCCAACUCCGCUUCGACAUCUCGGCGGAAUUCGCUGCCGCGCAGGUCGCCAACAACGUCCUCAUCCUCGCCUUGUCCACGGGCCGGCUACUGCGCUUCGAUCUCGACAAUGCAGAGGACAUUGACGACAUCGAUCUCCCAAAGCGGCCUGCGGAGAUUGGUGUGAUCCGGCGGCUGUUCUUGGAUCCAUCAGCCAGCCAUUUGAUCAUCAGCACGACGCUACGCGAGAAUUUCUAUCUGCACACGCAGUCGCGACAGCCAAAGCCAUUGGCAGGAUUGAAGGGCGUGCAGAUUGAGAGUGUGGCAUGGAGCCCGUCUCAGCCGACAGCAUCGACGAGGGAGAUAUUGAUCGGUGCGGCGGACGGAAACAUCUACGAGACGUACAUCGAGCCUACCACGGAGUUCUAUCGGCGACAAGAGAAGUAUGUCAAGAAUGUCUUCCAUGUUGCGGACGGUGCGGUGGUCGGUCUCUAUGCGGAUGUGCUUUCGAGCAAGCCGGAGACGAGGAGGGUCAUGGUUGCCUCGACGUUGAAGUUGUUACACUUCUCGGGGAGGACAGGCAGAACGGGGCAUGAGGGGAGUGGGAGCAUCUACUCAAAGCUGUUCGAAAGCGAGACGCCUGCGGUGUACGAGGUCGAGCGAGCAGCAACUGCGAGUCCUGCGAGCUUGGUCGUUUCUCCUGAUCCUCCUGAUGCGCCAUCUAUAACUCAGGAUGGCUCGAGCGUGGAACGUGCAUAUGGCUGGCUUUCCGCGCAAGGAAUCUUAAAUGGCAGAUUGCUGCUUACAGCUGCGGACCCCGCAGUCUUGGGCAGGCAGCUGUUUCGGGAGUCAAAGCUGCUGCCUCAGUCUAUCUUGCCGCCUGUACAGACGUCUGGUGGUCGACCACGGACACAACGGCCUCCUAUAGCAUCCAUAUCGCUCACGCAAUUUCAUAUCCUCGCGCUUGUGGACGGACGAGUUACAGCGAUCAAUCGUCUCGAUGAUUCGGUCGUGUACAAUCAGCAAGUGCUCGAGCCCGGUACGAGUAGUCUCGGUCUUUUCGCAGAUCAGCAAAAGAACACCUACUGGCUCUUUACCUCGAACGAGAUCUUUGAGAUAGUGGCCACGGACGAGACACGAGACGUGUGGCGUAUACUGUUGCAGCAAGGACAUUUCGAAGCUGCCCAGCAGUAUGCAAAGACCAUGGAGCAGAAGGACGCGGUAGCAUCAAUGACUGGCGAUCAUCUCAUAAGCCAAGGCCGAUUUGCGGAAGCAGCUACAGUCCUGGGCAAGAGUACCAAGCCUUUCGAGGACGUCGCGCUUAGCUUUAUCGAUCAGGGAGAGCAAGAUGCGCUGCGAAAGUAUCUCAUCGUCAAGCUUUCGAACCUGCGGAAGCAAGCGGUUAUGCAACGGGUCAUGCUGUCGAGCUGGCUGAUUGAGCUGUUUAUGGCAAAGCUUAAUCAGCUAGACGACACCAUCUCGACAAAGGCGGAGGUUGUGGCAAACAGCGAUGGCGCUCAGGCGCAGAUCUCGGCAGCAGAUUCGCAGAAACAGCUCGCCAGUGUUCGAAAGGAGUUCCAGGAUUUUGUAAGCCGAUACAGAGCGGACAUGGACCGCAAAACAGCAUACGAGAUCGUUGGCAGUCAUGGGCGCGAAGAGGAGCUCCUUUACUUCGCUAACAUUGUGGAAGACUACAGUUAUGUCAUCAACUACUGGGUUCAGCGCUCGCGCUGGAAUGAUGCCAUGAGCGUUUUGAAGAAACAGACAGACGUCGAAAUGUUUUACCGUUACAGCACAGUCCUAAUGGCGCAUGUAGCAGUUGAGCUUGUCGAAGUGCUCAUGAGGCAGCAGGCGCUGGACGCGAAGAAACUUAUACCCGCACUACUGAACUACAACAGGAUGGUUGGUGAGACCGUACCGCUGGCGCAGAACCAAGCUAUUCGGUAUAUCCAGUUCUGCAUUAACCACGCGCAUUCCACUGAGCCAGCAGUGCACAACACGCUUAUAUCACUCUAUGCGGCUAACCCAACCAAAGAUGAGUCCGCACUACUGGGCUAUCUCCAGAUGCAGGCACAAGCCCAGGAGCAAAACUACGAUGCCGAUUUCGCUCUCCGUCUCUGUAUUGCGCACAAGCGCGUUCAGUCAUGUGUCCACAUUUACUGCACCAUGCAACAAUACGCCGCCGCCGUGGAGCUGGCGCUAAAGUACGAUCACGUCGAGCUUGCUGCGGAAGUAGCAGACCGCCCUGGCAAUGACAAGGCACUGCGGAAGAAGCUCUGGCUGAAGGUGGCGAAGAAGGUCAUUAGUCAGAGCAACGGCAUCAAGGCCGCUAUUGAGUUCCUCAAGCGUUGUGAGCUGCUCCACAUCGAAGACUUGAUCCCGUUCUUCCCAGACUUUGUUGUCAUAGACGACUUCAAAGAAGAGAUCUGCGCCGCGCUCGAGGAGUACAGCCGGCAUAUCGAGGAACUCAAGCGGGAAAUGGACGAAUCCGCGGACACGGCUCAGCAUAUCAAAGACGAGACUAAAGGGCUGGAUCAACGGUACGCCAUCGUGGAGCCCGGUGAACGCUGUUGGAAGUGCCGCCUUCCAUUGCUCAUGCGGCAAUUCUUCGUCUUCCCCUGCCAACAUGCUUUCCACGCCGACUGUCUGGGAGAGAUGGUCAUGGACAUGGCGGGCAUGGGAAAGGCGAAGAGGAUCAGAGAGCUUCAACGAGAGAUUGGCCGUGGUGUUGCGCUGGGGAAGAGACGGGAGGGCAUGGUGCAUGAGCUCGAUGGGCUGGUGGCAGGGGCUUGUGUGCUGUGCUCGGAGAUGGCGGUGAAGAUGGUCGACGAGCCAUUCGUCACCGCUGCUGAUAAUGCGGCGGAGUGGGCAGUGUGAUGAGUGCAACCACUAAGGAUGACUACUGUUACUUGGAGUGGCAAUCUUGGGCUCGUUGGAAAUGAAAUCCCGCCACAGCGCAAUGCCUUGUUAGGCGGGGCGCUCACGCGGACCUUGUGAGCCUUGUUUGGCCGUGGCCCAAACCCCCGACUUCUGCAGGGUGGGUCCCAAAAGCGACAUCCGUGGGCCACU